GCGACGCUGCCUGCACGCGCCAGAGUAACCCCGUUUCUUGCGACCCACUCGACCCACUACUUGCCAAACAGCACCGAGCGGCAUAUCCAUCUACGCGCUAGAUUGCUGAGCACAGCAAUCCUGCUGUCGGUCCUGCAUAACAUCACCUCCGAACCCAUCGUCUGAAGCUCAUUGAUUGGACUUGCGCAAAAAUGGCCAACAUGCUCAAGGGCUUCUGGCCGUCUAGUCCAGCAGACCAGACCACGCCGAAAGCCUUGUCGGCGUAUUCGGAAGAGCAGCGCAACCCCUUCGAUACGCAUGCAGCAAGCAUGGUUGCAGGGGCAGUGGCGGAUCCAUCUUUUGUCGCAGGCUCAGGGCAAGCGGAUCAGGCAGGAAUGACAGGGGGCAACAAGCUGGCGGCGUCCACGUCGACCGGGCUGGGGCAGAGAAUACCGAUGCAGUCUGGCGAGAUGACACCCAGUGGUCUUAGGACCCCGGGCGGUGUCACUAUUCUGGCAAAUAUCCCGACGACAAGUCUGAGCGUUGCCGCUCCUGACUUCACGAUGCAAAUGCCGCCGAAAAAGAACAAGGACGCAGACAUUACACCUUCCUCAUCUGCAAACAACGUGACUGUUGCGGGAAGCUCCACAAACACUCAGCAAACUGCAGGUUCCUCUACUUCAGCGACUGUAGGGCCUGCACCAGCUAAUGUCAGUGGCCAAACCACGCCCAACCGUACAGCAGGCGCUGCGUCGAGCACGGGGCCCACACGGAAUACCGCCGCACCACGCGGGCACUUGACCAUCAAGGUCGUCAGCGCACGCAACCUGCAAGUAUCGAGCGCGGCAAGCAGGCCGUACGCUGUCGUCAGCUUUGACAAGAACGAGUUCAUUGGGCGAGAACCGAUGGAUGACGAGGAGGGCAUUGCUGCCACCGCGACCACGUCUAGUAAGGACGUGCAGGAUCGGGCGCUGAAGGGCACCUUUGGGGACGGCCCGGUGGCGUCUCGACCGCGCGCCACGACGGUGACGCCUAUGCACGGCGCCAGCUCGUCAUCCAGCCCGUCGCAUCCGGUCUGGAAGCACGAGGUCAAGUUCGACGUGACGCACGAGAACCAAGGGAUCUUCAUCAGCGUGUAUGACCGGCACGCCGAGGACGAAGGUUUCCUGGGCAUGCGCCUGAUCAAGCCGCGGCUCUUCCACAAGAUGAGCUCUGACCAGUGGUAUCCGCUCACCGGGCGCGAGGAGUUGGCGGCCGAGGCGAGCGCCAACGCAGUGGCCACGGGCGCGGGUGGCAUGGGCAUCGAGGGUCUCGGGGACAUACAGGCGCCGCAGAGCCGCGGCGAGAUCCGGAUCCAGAUCGCGUACGAAAAGACGGCGCAGAAGAAGCUGACGCCGGCCGACUUUGAGUACAUGAAGCUCAUCGGGCGGGGGACGUUCGGGCGCGUCUUUCAAGUGCGCAAGAAGGACACGAAGCGCAUCUACGCGAUGAAAGUUCUGUCGAAACGUGAGAUCGCGAUCAAGAAGGAGGUCACACACACGAUGGGAGAGCGCAAAAUCUUGGAAAAGUCGCUCGACUGCCCUUUCCUCGUCGGGCUCAAGUUCAGCUUCCAGAGCGACACGGAGCUUUUCUUCGUCACUGACUACAAAUCCGGCGGCGAGUUGUUCUGGCACCUGCAGCGCGAAGGUCGCUUUACCGAGGAGCGCGCGCGCUUCUACAUUGCCGAGCUUGUGCUCGCGCUGGAGCAUCUGCACAAGUACGACAUUGUCUACCGCGACCUCAAGCCUGAGAACAUUUUGCUGGACGCGACGGGCCACGUCGCGCUGUGUGACUUUGGACUAAGCAAGCCGGACCUGGGCAACGGGCAGCUGACCAACACAUUCUGCGGGACGACAGAGUACCUCGCGCCAGAGGUCUUGCUCGACGAGUCCGGAUACUCGAAGCUCGUUGAUUUCUGGAGCUUGGGAGUUCUACUGUUCGAAAUGUGCUGCGGAUGGAGUCCGUUCUACGCAGAGGACACGCAGCAGAUGUACAGGAAUAUUUGCUUUGGCAAGAUCAAGUUCCCGCGAGGUGCGAUCGGCGACGAUGGCAAGCAGUUUGUCAAAGGGCUGCUCAACCGCAACCCGAAGCACCGUCUGGGUUCGCAGCGCGAUGCGGUCGACCUCAAAGAACACGCUUUCUUCAAGGAUAUCGACUUCACUGCGCUUUCGCAGAAGAAGAUCCCUCCACCUUUCAAGCCGCUCGUCGAGUCCGAGGAGUCAGUCGCUAACUUUGACCCCGAGUUCACCGAGACGGAUCUGCGGACCGUUGCGGAGAUCGACGGACAAGAGCUGUCGAGCCAGCUGGACAAGCCCGGCGGCGCGAACGGUAUCGGCAUCUCCGGCGGCGGCAGGGGCGGCGAGGACGACGUGCUCAGCUCCAGCGUGCAGCAUCAGUUCCGCGGAUUCUCGUACAGCGGCCGGGACGACGUCGGCAGCUUUGUCGGCUCACGCAGCCGGCGCGGCAGCAACGGAUUCGGGCUGAGCUGCGCCAGCUUCGGCAUGUCCCACGUGGAGUCACCCGAGGCACGAGAAUACAGCCCGUCGCCGCCGCGUGCGAUGAGCAUGGAUAGAGAUGUGCCGGCUGAGCCGUAGACAUCCGCAAGAGAGAGAGAGUCGGGAAGGGAGAGUGCAGAUGCGUAUAACAUCAAGGCUGGGGCUACCUAUCAGGGCAUUAGGCGAGGGAGACGGGACGACACACUCACAUAUAUUCGGUA